GGAAAACGUUGGUUGUAAAAAUAGCAACUCCUCGGAAUAUAAUAUAAACCGACGCCUUUAUAUCAACACAGUUCGAAGUCAAGACAACAUAAGGAAUAGGGAAAAUUUUUAGUCCUUUUCUAAAUUUUAGAUAGAAAAUAAGGUACUAUUCAUUCCUAUAUGUCCCAAUGUAUUGUGGGUUUAUUCUGCAGAGUUAUUGAGGGAAUUUAUAAGGGUAAUAUCCACAAGCGACAAGUAUUCAUAGAGCGUUCGAAAUGCGAGCUAUUAGCUCGGUAUUAUAAGAUUUUGUUUUGCUCUAAUUUCUCGAUGUUUUUAGAUGCGAGAAUAUAAAUUGGUCGUCCUUGGAAGUGGUGGUGUCGGAAAAAGUGCUUUGGUAAGAGAAUACGUGCUUUUCUAAUGUUUUAUUUGCUUAAAAUCAUCGUGCUUUGGCAAGGCGAAAUACGAGGCGAAAUGGACAACACCUCUACGCUUAUUUGUUGUCGACAGUGUUGCAAAUUUGAUGUCGAUUUCGUUCGAACGUUAUUUUCUUCGCGGCAAAGGAAAGCAGUACGAACUGAUGUAUAUUCUUGUAUUUUCUUGUAGACAGUACAAUUCGUACAAGGAAUUUUUGUUGAAAAAUAUGACCCGACUAUUGAAGACUCCUACAGAAAGGUCAGUAAAAUAUCCUGGAUUUAAAAUUCAACCCAAAUAACCAAUUAUUUCUAGUAGAAAAUCAAUGCUUUUGUGAGGAAAAGUCGAACAGCACAUUUGGGCAUAUAUAAUUAACCUGAAAAUUCUGUUAAAAUUGUGAAUUUUAAAACACUUUGAUACAUAUUUUUGUCAAGGUUUACAGUAAAAACAAUUUUUAUCACAUAAAAAUGAGCGUGCUGUGCUGUCGAAUUAUUCACAUAUUUUCUCACGAGAAAUACCCAAAGAGUCUUUCAUGAAAUAGUUUUAUUUUCUUCCUUUUAGCAAGUGGAAGUGGACGGGCAACAAUGCAUGUUGGAAAUAUUGGACACUGCUGGAACGGUAAGGAAUUCAUCGUGUUUGAUCAUAUUUUAGAAGAAAAUCGGCAAUCAUUUGUUCAAUUUUUGUGUCAAUGAAUGCAUAUUUGUGUGGCUUGAUAUGAUCCUAUCAUACAACUGUACAUAACGUCAAAUUCAGAACUGUUUCAGAAAGUAUCAGGCUUGUUUAAGUCAAAUAUAUGCUCUCAUAUAUGGCUGUAGCAAUAUAAUGCUUAAACAAAGCUUAUUCAUCAAUACUGAGUUGACUUUCUGUGAGGGUGUUAUUUUGACAAUCUGCCCUGUUUAUAUCUGAAAUAAAAGUUGCAAUUUAUAGGUGUUAAAAUACUAAACGUUUUUAUCAAAACACAGUUUGUACAAUCAUGUUGUUUGCAUACAGCUUCAAUUUCAAGUGUUGUUUCCCCAUGUAUAAAAAAAUUAAAGCAAAUUCAAAAUAUAUUUCAAAUUUCUAUAAUAUAGCUUCCAAAAUGCAAAUAAAUUGUAUAAAAACAGCAUUUGGUAGAUCAGUCAUAUGAAAAUUCUGCCUAUAUUUAAUACCAUGCCAAUAAUUUUAUCCGAGGGCACAAAUUAUUCUAGAAACUUCACAACAUAAUUAUAUGAUUGCUGCAUUGUUAGUUUUUAAGCUCAUCUUUUGUGCUUUAUUUUCUUUCCUAUAUGUAAAAAUUCAGAGACUUUACAAUUUAAGCAAAGGACAUUCUUAUAGCCACUUGAAUUAGAGUCUAGCAACCAGAAAUGAACUUAAAAUUCCAAUCAAAAUUUUGAAGAAAGAGAUGUGAAAUUUGUCUCAGUAUUACGUUUACCAUUCAGAUGAAGUGCCCCUUCAAGCUGUGAGAAAUUUGAAUAUUGAUUGCUCACUUCACUUAAUUCCAAUCAAUUUUAAUUGAAAUUUUUAUGCUGACUUCCUUGAAUCAUAUGGAAUUUUCCAUACAUGGGCAAGGUCAUGUGUCAGUUAUGAAAUGUGUGAGCUCUCAAUGUUAAUCCUAAUUCUGAUGAGCAAGUUUUCCUUAGCCUGCUCACAGCCUGAAAUUUAGGAGGACAUUUACCCACCUUCUAAGAGGGCCUGUUUAUAUGAUCCCGGCCAGGCGGGACAGGAUGCUUACCGAGAUCCCGCUCGUAGUACAAAAUUCUAAAGAGUGUUUAUAUGAUCCCGCCACUUAUCCCGCCUAGACGGGAUCUCGGUAACAGAUCCAGCAUCCCGCCUAAGCGAGAUGAAAAAUUCCCAUAUAAACACUUCAUCUCAGCUAGGCGGGAUGAAUUUUUCCCUUUUGAGCAUGCGUAAAUGCCUUUAUUGCAACAAAAAUAUGAUGUCAAGCACUUAAAUGGCUUCAUCCCGGCAAUGUAUUUUGUUCAUAUAAACACUAGGUGAGUAUCAUGUCUAGGCGGGAUGAAAACGUCCCGUCCGGUCUAGGUGGGAUCAUAUAAACAGGCCCUAAAUUUCAGGAGGCGUAGUUUUCCUUCGCAAGUUUUUCUUGAUAACAUUUUCUUGACAAGUGUUUAUUGACAAGAUUUGGUGUUAAUCCCCGACUGUUAAGUUUUGGCUUUGGAGGAAAUUACCGCCAUUUGCAAUUGAGCGUGCACCGUGCAUUUUUUUCGAGUUGUUUUAGCAUUGAAAUUAACAUGUAACUAUGGGCGGAGCGACGUGUUACUAAGGCGGCUCAAAAUGUUUCUUUAUCUACUAUAAGCCGUGCAAUUCGAUUCGAAUAACUCAUAUUGCUUCUGUACAAUUCACAAACAACAUUUUAUAUACGCAAUUCUUCAUAGAUUACAUGCUUGCCCAAGAUCCGAACCACGUAAAGUUUUUCAUGAAUCAGGGUCAGGGAUCAGACAAACAAACUAUCAUUUUGUAUAGAAUUGUACUAGCAGCGAACAUAAAUUGGUUAGUCAAAACAUAAUUUGGAACGUCGAAUAUUUACGCUAAUGGGCACUUAGUAGGCAAACAAAAUUGGUUUUAAAGCGACCAAACUUAGUAACAUGAAAUCAACAACAUUAAAUAUACAGUAGACACCACUAUUAACCGACAUAAUAGUCAAUACUAAAGUGACAAAAAGUUUAUAUUUCUAAUUCCAAAGCAAAAAUAUUUUGCACUGGCACCUUCAGGUAAAGCGAAAAGUACAAGGUGUGUAUUAUUUCGCACAAAUAAACUGUAAACAAACCAUCAAACUAAAGUGUUUGUCUGAGUCUUGGCGGGGGGUCAAAUUUAAUAAGCCGCCUUAGUAACACGUCGCUCCGCCCAUAGUUACAUGUUAAUUUCAAUGCUAAAACAACUCGAAAAAAAUGCACGGUGCACGCUCAAUUGCAAAUGGCGGUAAUUUCCCUUGCCAAUAUUUCCUGAGAAAUUGUCGUGUUUGAAUGAGUUAACAAGAUUAUCAAACAUGCAGCCCUGUGAUUCCUGUAUCAGGACCACAUGUUCAAUUCCUGUCCAGAGGGUUUAUAGUUGAAUCUGCCGAAGUCUCUUUUGGGGUCCAUUAUUAUUUUGCUCUGUGUAAUGCCAGACAAUUUUACUUGUCAAAAGGAGAGUCUCUUGUACAGUAAUGUUGGUUAAUUAAAUUGGAAUGUGCCCAAUAUGCCAGGGUUUUUUUCAGGAUUUUCUCUUGGGUCCAUUUUUGCAGAGAAGAUUGAGUUUAGCUGAACAGCUGGGGGUGUGGGGCAGCUGUGGGAGGCUGAUGCCUGUACCCAAUAAGUGUAGUUGAGACGCAAAUGUGUUAAAGCAGAAGCAAAAAGGGAGACUAUAAACUGGUUAAAGAUAGCAAAUGCGUUGUUUUCUUGUGUUGUGAAAUGAAUUCCAGCCAUUUUUUCUUGAUUGUGGGGUUUCCAACUAAAAAACUAAUUUGCACACGUCACGAAUUUAACUCAAACAACUUCAUUUUAUUCAUUGAGUCUUUUGGUGAGAAGAAGAGUUUUUGGGGCUGUUUUACGGUCCUAAAAAAUCCCCGAAAAAAAACUGUAGUUGCCCUGUACUUGUCAUGGGAUACAUGUUAUAGGUAUUCAUGGGUUAACUAAGUAUACAUAAUAAAUAGUUAUAUUUUCCUAAUAGGAACAAUUUACAGCAAUGAGAGAUCUGUAUAUGAAAAAUGGUCAGGGUUUUGUACUGGUGUAUUCCAUAACAUCACAAUCUUCUUUCAACGAUUUGGGAGAUCUUCGCGAUCAGAUCAUCAGAGUCAAAGACACCAGCGAAGUAAGUUUUUAAUUUACAUUCGACAUGAUUCGGUGAUUCCCAGGCCUUAAAAUAUUAUUGGUCAGAGAAACUGUCUGACAAAAUGUUCAUCUUUGAGUUUGGUUUGGAUACUGUAUUGUGAUGGAAAUAAGUAUGAAUGCAGACUACUAUCAAAUUGAUAUCAACACAAUUUUCAAAAGUCAUUUGAAUCGAUCCUGAUACAUUUUGAUUGAUGUUGGACAAAGUUACAGUUAGGUCGGACAUCAAUUCACUCUGGUCGGACAAACAAUAAACCACAUUUUAACAUAGGUUGGACAGAAUGUCCAGUGGUUUCCUCUCUACGUCGUAAAAUUUCACAAGUGGGUGGGACAACGUCCUUGACCAACCGAUAUUUUAAGGCCUGGAUUUCAUAAAUGUGCCAAUCAUAAAAAAAUUUCUAAUCCUGACAUUGACAAACAAUUAAACAAGUAAAUUCAAAUAGUAACUGACUUUUAAUAUCUUCCAGGUCCCAAUGGUUCUAGUUGGCAAUAAAUGUGAUUUAGAAGAUGAAAGGAUUGUUGGAAAAGAUCAAGGACAAGCUCUUGCAAAACAGUUUGGAAAUUGGUGAGCAUAUUACAGUAUUAUGUGCUUGUUAUGUUUCAGUUUCCCUGGAAAACAUCACUGGUUUGAGUGAAUAGGUUUUGAGGAGUGACAUUUGUAGCUGGUGGGAAUAUUUUGGCGAUCAAAAUUCCACACAAAAUUUGUCACAAUUGGUUUGGCCAGUCUCCCUAGCACAUUUUACUUAUCUUAUUUUCCCUCUCAUUUUAGCACAUUCCUGGAAACGUCAGCGAAGACAAAAAUAAAUGUAACAGAAAUUUUCUUCGACCUCGUUCGACAGAUCAACAGAAAAACUCCUGAAGUGAACAAGCCUAGAAGAAACAUCUUUAGAAGAUGCGUCAUUUUGUAAAAAAAAAACUUAGCUGAUGGGCUGUACAGUGUGAAAAGAACACUAAACAACAUUAACGUAUUUAAACCUUUUGCACUUGCUUGCCUAUCACAAGGUGACUUAGUGUGUGACAAAAUAUGCAAGAUGGACACAAAGUAUAUGGAGGAAGGCCCCCUACUAGUUGCUUAUAAAUAACGUUUAAAAUUGGAAGGGAUACUGAAUUUGUAUGACAAAUUUCUCCAAGUGAAAGUUCACUCUAUGGUUUACAAUACCAUAUUAGACCUUUAUAAAAAGGUUGACGUCAGCAGGCUUGUGACGUAGUUUACGGAGAAAAUCCCGAAAGCACAGAGUUGUUUUACUUGUUUUGAGUUUUUUAAAAGCCAAAAGAAGCCAGUAUUAGGGUAAGUUUGAAGUAAAUUUUUCUAUAUAUAGGCCAAAUGAGUUUUCAUAUUGGUUAGAGUUUAUUUUAUUUGUUUUUAUAUUGGAUUGUGCAUUUAUUUUACUGUCAACAUUUAGCAAAUUGUUCGCUCGGUUUGUAUUUUUCUUUUUUGUUUCCCAAAUUCAUCAGUAUAAUCAUCAGACUUGCCCAACCUGGCAAAACCUUGAUAGAAAAUUAAAGCUAGAUUGUUGAUCGAGACACGGAAAGUGUUAAUCACGAAUGAUAAAAGCUAUACUUGUCAUGUAUGUUCACUUCAACUAUAUAUAUAUCGAUAAAAUAAUAGACUUAGUCUUAGUUAUGUCUAAGUUCACUCAUGACUUAUGUACCUCUUUGCACGAUCACUGAGCCUGUGUAUUGCUAUCUGCAGCUUGAAUCUGCUUGAUUGGGGCCAUUCUGAUGAUUAGACUGAUGAAUUCGAGAAACAAAAAAAAGAAAAUAUACUUUUAGCAAAGAAAUAUGUAAACAGACCGAGCGAACAAUUUGCUAAAUGUUGACAGUAAAAUAAAUGUACAAUCUAAUAUAAAAACAAAUAAAAUAAACUCUAACGAAUAUGAAAACUCAUUUGGCCUAUAUAUAGAAAAAUUUACUUCAAACUUACCAUAAUACUGGCUUCUUUUCGCUUUUAAGAAAAACUCAAAACAAGUAAACAACUCUGAGCUUUCGGGAUUCUCUCCGCAAACUACGUCACAAUCCUGCUGACGUCAACCUUUUUAUAAAGGUCUAUUGGUGUUACAGCAUAAAAAUCUUACAAAGAUGUUGAACAAUGGGAGGCCAUAGCAAAAUGAACCAAUAGGGGAUUCUAGUACACACGCAAAAAUCUCGCAUCUUGUAGCAUGUCUGCCAACAAACCGUCAACAAGUUGUGUUCGCACUGCUUGUCCCAAGUUGUGAACAAGUAUGGAACAACUUGUUAACAGUGGCAACAACCUUGUUGAUAUUAUCAGAGUUGUUGCAAGGUUGUUCCAACAAGUCCGAGACGAUCAUGAUUUAACAAUAUUUUUACAACCUUUUGUCGUCAACCUUGUAACAUUCUUGUUAUAUCAUGACUGUUAGAACAACUUGUAACAAGUCUGAUAAUGCUAUCCAGCUUGUUACAAGUUGUUAACAGCUUGUUCCAAACUUCUUGCAACAAAGCAGUGCAAACACAGUUUGUCGCCAGCUUUUGAACGGAUUUGUAACAACUUGUUUGAAGACCUGUAACAACUUGUGUGUUUUUACGUGUGUCGUCUUCGAAUUGGAAGAUUUUUAUGCAUGUAGUUACCAUCUGUGGUCGUACAGUAAUAUUAUUUCUAAAUAUUAAUAAUU